GACGUUUAACGAAAAAUUGCGGUUUGAAAAUUGAAAAUACUACACAUCGGAUUGGAGCGAUUUAUUUCUUUUGAAGUAAAAAUAAGAGUUAAUAAUUAAGGGGACUCUAUAAAAUGUUGAUAUCGGACGGUAUUAAUCAUGGAAAAUUACAAUCUAUAAUAGUGGGAGAGUUAAAAAAGGCGGGUUUAAAACAUCGCCUGAAAAAAAUUAUUCUGAAAAAUGUCAAAGAUCAUAAAACAGUGUUCGGAGCUCCUUUAGUAAAAGUCCCGUCGUGUAGUGUGAUAUGUUGCGGAAGCACCCUGAGUAUCCCGAUAGUUGUAACCGAGAUGUCUCAAGUGCUGAGAUCCAGUGCCCAUGUCGAAGGUCUUUUCCGUAAGGCUGGAUCACAGACGCGGCAAAAGGAUAUAAAGCGUCUACUUGAUGCGGGUGGUUGUGUAUCAGAAGGUCACCAUCCCAUAGAUGUAGCGAGUGUCCUGAAGCUCUACCUCCGCUGUUUGCCCGAGCCCCUGAUCAGUGCAGAAGUGCAGGACUUGCUAUUGAGAUGUCGUGUGACCGGUGGUGAUGGUGGACUGACGUCAAUAUUGAAUACACUGCUGUUAUUACCUGUGUUACAUGUACACCUUUUGCAUUAUAUUAUGGAGUUACUACAUUUCAUUGCAUCGAAGCACAAAGACAACCUGAUGGACGCCUCCAAUCUGGCGAUAGUGUUGGCGCCGAGCGUCAUGCCGCUGCCGGCCGCGGCCUCCGCGCAGAGACUGGAGCACCACGUGGCUUUAGUUAAGAUAUUUAUAGAAAACUCAAAAUACAUAGGACUAUUAUCAGAUGAUCUCAUGACCAAACUGGACGAUGAUUCAGAUGUAAGCCGUUCGAGACGAAAGAAAAGACGAAGUGGAUCUCUUAAUAGAAUGUUAAAUGGAUUACGCAAAAUGGUAUCAGGAAACCCGACCACGCCCGGCCCAGUUAGAGAGAACGGUAAAACACCUGUGCUCAGUAAAUCCGCUGCUAAGAGGAAGUUCGAGUCAAAUGAAGGACUUUCUGCAAAAACUAAGAAAGAAAUCACCAAAGGUCUUCCACAGAAGGAGCUGUCAUUUACACCUAUGAAAAUGGUCACUGAUCGGAAACGGUUACGACUUAGUUUCGUAGACGCAAGGAGCACGCCCGUUAACAACAGAGACUUCAGUUCCCACAAAAACUCCGAGACAAGUGUAAGCAGUGAAGAUAUGCUAACCUCCUCCGAGAACCUAUUCAGCGCUCACGAUACUAUUGACUUGUCCUCGGACAUGAAGGAAGCAGAAAAGGACUACGUACGAAUAUCUAAACAGGAAUACGAGGAAAUCAAAAGCAGGGUAUCGGCUAUAGAGAACAGAUUGUCCAGGGAAUUCACUGACGUCAUACCAAGAGUUCAGCCUUUACAACAAGUGCAGAAUGUCUACGAGCAAACGUUGGAAGAGGUGGCCAUGUUGAACUGUCACGGGUCGGAGCAUUUAGCGCGACGGCUCAGCAAAGAACUGAAGAUCAGACCAAAGGAAGAAGCCAAAAUCAUCCGAUCGCCGAGCGCGAGAAAAAUCGGCUCAAUCAGACGGCGUUCGAAGGAAAAUCUGACAAAAAUCGUCAGACACAAAUCUUGGAACGCCAUGGACAUGUUUUAUCCAUACGUAGGACUCUCCCGGAGAGAUAGAACCAGCUCAGCCAAACAGGGAGAUGAUAAAGAUAGCACAGCAGACUGGGACGUAUCAAUGUCUGAAAAUUCCAUGAACGUGUCAGAUUCUAGUCAAAAAUAUCAUCAGCGCAAAAGGAUCAGCCUCGAACCAGAUUUCAAUUUAAACAAAACCAUUGGGAAGGUACUUCCGCGUCGAUCACUCAACAUCACAACCAAUAAUUGGGAUCAGACUAAAUCACCGGCUAACGACACAUUCAAUUCCAAUGAAAAGAUGAGGAAACCCACACAGUUGAAGAGUUACCAGAAUAAUCAAGAAAGUCCGGUCAACCCACAGCAGAAAUGGCGCAAUGCUGCGGCGUUUUUUAUGAAUAAAACAGGCGAAGUCGAUAAGAACAGUCAAAGCGGCAGGCCUUCGGUGAACAAACUACGUCGACAAAACGCUGGUGCCGUUCUCGCUAAAGCCAAACUUUUCGAAACCAGCUCCGACAAAUCAUCGGAAGCAAACGAGAAGGUUCACACAGGUUUCGCGAGAAAACCUAGAGUUACCCAGCAAAACCGAGAGUUACCCAUCAAAUCGCAGAAAAUGUUCCAACCUAAAGCCAGGCUGCAAGCUUACGUAAACGAAGUGCAACCAAACGUGAAACUGAAUGGGAAUGUGAAAGAUGUGGCGAAUGUUACAAGAUAUAAAGAUAUUCACCAUAAAGAAGAUAGAGCAAAGAAAGUAACACCAGUUAAAAAAGUAGUUUCCCCACAAUCAGUAAAGACCCCUCAGGCCCCGGCCUUGAAGAAACCUCUAUGCACACCCAGAAGCUUACGAACGCACGUGUCUACUAACGAACUUAGAAGAACAAACACUCCGAUGAGAGCUGUACACGUGUCACCAAGAAGAUCGCCACGGCAAAAGAUACAACGCACAUAUAACUAAAAGUAACUUAAUAAGGCUUCCUUUACACGAGCGGCAACUCUACCGACGACCGCAGUCGGCGACGUCUCGACGGCAGCCAACGGCAUUCGACUGCAGUCAGCGACCGCCGCCGAGAGUCGACGACUGCCGUUGGCUGCCGCCGAGAUGUCGCCGACUACAGUCGUCGGUAACAGCUGCCGCUUGUGUAAAUGAACACUAAGUUGUUUAUUUCAUAAUUUAGAUUGUGUUUUUACCCAUUCAAAGGCCCGACGUACUUAAAUUUUGUAUUAUAGAUAGGAUAAUUUUAAUUGAAUGUAUGAUUAAUAAACCAAUUUUUGUAAAUAAAAAUCUCAUGAAAAUAUC